AAAAAUAAUUAAUUCAAACAAUAAUAAGCGAUACGAAUGUUGAUUACAAUGUGAUAAUAAAGCGAAAGCUUUUGUUAUCUUUUUGUUUUCGCUUUUUAACCAAAAUUCUUGGCUAUUUCCGACAUAUAACAUUGUUAUCGACAUAUCGACAGAGGAAAAAAAAUGGUUUAGUAAAUGAAAUUGACAGCAGUGGCUCUGAUAGCUCUUUGACAUAUGACAUAUACGAGGGUAAAAUUGCGCAAGCGCGAUUAAAAUCUCGCUCAAUCUCGCUUCGAAGAUGUACUGAUCGUGGUAUGUGAUAUAUAUAAAUGGGUUUAGAAUUAGACUUUGACCACCACUUGACUGGACUGACAGCGACGGCGAGACGAUUAAUUUGGUGCAUAACAAGCAAUCACGCGGAAAGGGAGAGUGUGCAUUUAAAGUGGCAGUCAAGCUGUGGUUGCGCUUUCGCGAGGUCGACGCGUUUCAGGCGUGUUUGGCGGCUUCUUGAGAGCAGCUAAGCACGAAGAAACGAGUCUGACAUCUCACGAAAAAAGAAAAAAAAAUAUUGUGAAAAAGUGCUCGCGAUUAUUUACAUACGAGAAACACGUUUUUCGAUGUCAAACGUAAUAAAUCAUUACGAGUCGAUCAGUAUGCGAUGGAAGACGACGCAUCUUGUCCGCCGCCAUUAGCUCCCUUACCUAGAAGAUUUGGGUACCUGUCAGGGUAUCGAAUAGUAAUUCUCUCUGCUCUUUGCUCAAAUUUCUCGUCCAACGUCGACCUAACAUCAUGGACGGUACCUGCCUUCAUCAAUUCGUCACGGCCCCUCUUAAAAACUUCCUACAUUUACAACGAAUCAGAGACUUAAAAGAAAUCAAAAGUCAUGCAUGCAUGCAUUGGAUUUGAAAUCUUUAAUGGAACACACCAGCACCGCUUGUAGAAGAUGAAUAUCCAUGAGCAACACACUCUGGAUCGUAUUACCAGCAUGGACAUGCAAAGAAAAAUACAUUGGAUUACUACUUUGAAGUAAUUUUCUUCUUCAAAGUAGCAGGCAGGAUAAAAUGGAUGAAUCCAAGAGCAUGUACGAAUGAGGCGUAUAUUCCUACUCCUAUAGAACAUGUUGCAAAUGUUGCAACUCAUGGAAUAUGGGUUGUGCCAUCAGUGAUUGGUAGUAUCGAGCUUAUACGUCGUUCGAUGAGGUGGGCUCAACUUGUAUCCGCGUGCGUAUACGGCACUUCUUUGAUUCUCGUUUUUGCGGUGUCAACCUUUUUCCAUAGUGUACAUUACUGCAAUCAAAAUAGACAAUUGAAGGAUGCGUUACAUCGUUGUGAUCGUGCUAUGAUAUACAUUUUUAUAGCAGCCAGUUAUUUUCCAUGGUUAAAUAUAGAGUAUUUCUCAGACAAUGACUUAUUUUCGAUGCGGUAUGUUGUCUGGAUCAUGGCUAUAAUGGGCAUUCUUUAUCAGCAAAUCUUCCACGAGAAAUACAAGAUGUUGGAAACUAUUUUCUAUGUAGUCAUGGGUAUUGGACCUAGUGUUGCAAUUCUUAACGUUUAUAAUUAUUAUAAUAUUACGGAAUUAAAACUGGGCGGACUGAUGUACGUACUUGGCUUAGUAUUUUUCAAAUCAGAUGGUCGUAUACCUUGUGCACACGCAAUUUGGCAUCUUUUCGUAGCCGCAGCAGCUGGAUUUCAUUACUAUGCGAUCUUGAGUCAUGUAUUUCCUGAGACAGAUUUGACAAAUAUUCCUGGAAAUAUUUGGGAAAUGCCCAAGCCGUUAUCCAAAAUGUUAACAUCUCAAGUAGAAUUAUAGAAAUUGUGUACUAUUUUUUACAAUAUUUCUUCCAGAUGCUAAAGAUUCUAAAAAGUUUUAACAAUUUUAGGGGUAAACCCUGUAUAUAUUCUGAUAGAAAGAGAUGUGUCUUUCAUUUUUAUUCAUUUGGAAAGGUUUUUGAUAAAGAUAAAUUGAUUUUAUAAUCAUGAUUCUUAUAUCUGUAUUAGACAGUCGAUCUCUUUACGAUUUUUCCAAAUGUUAAUAAGCAAAAAUCGUGCAAUGCGUAAAAUAUUAUAUAUUAAUAUAUUUAUAUUUAAGAAAAAAAAAAUAGAGCGAAUUAAAAAAAAGUUAAGUACCUGACGGCCACAUGUAUUAUGGGUGUCUUAAAACAAAAAAGAAAUUAUUAGCAAAGAUAUCAAACACACUCAGUUACUAUAUUAAUUGCAUUAUAAGUUCGAAUACAUUGAAUAUUGUGUCUUUCAUAUGAUUUAGUAUGCUAGUCUUGAAAC